GAGGAGGAGCAAGGGGAGGCGGGACUGGGUUAGGAAUCAUCGCAGGGGCUCCGGAGUGGCUUCUGGGGUUAGCUUCUCUGCUGGGCGGCUGGCGCCUAUCUUUAGGUCCCAGCAUGCAGCGGGGCCGCAGGGCCGGACGGGAGCCCAGAGCUGCCCGGGAGCCCAGAGCUGGCCGGAAGCCCUCCUGCUCUUCGGGUUCUGGGUCCUAGGUCCUAGCUGGUGUAGGCGCGGGUUCCUAGGCGAUUAAACUGUCUAAAAUGGCCUGGGCGUUUCCCGCGUUUAGUCUCAGGAACUCCCAAGUCCAGCAGAGAAAACAGGACGACGGAACUGGACUAGACAGUGUCGGCGAGAGGUCCUGAUGGAAAUUCAAAAGUAGGAGUGGAUUUUUCACAAUUGAGAAUAGCCAAGUAAAUCAAGAUGUCUGUGGAUCCAAUGACCUAUGAGGCCCAGUUCUUUGGCUUCACACCACAAACUUGCAUGCUUAGGAUCUACAUUGCAUUUCAAGACUACCUGUUUGAAGUGAUGCAGGCUGUUGAACAAGUUAUUCUGAAGAAGCUGGAGGGCAUCCCAGAUUGUGACAUUAGCCCAGUCCAGAUUCGUAAAUGCACAGAGAAGUUUCUUUGCUUCAUGAAAGGACAUUUUGAUAAUCUUUUUGGCAAAAUGGAGCAGCUGUUUUUGCAGUUGAUUUUGCGUAUUCCCCCAAACAUCUUGCUUCCUGAAGAUAAAUGUCAGGAGAUAAAUCCUUAUAGUGAGGAAGAAUUCCAACUUCUCCAAAAAGAAAUCAGAGAGUUACAGGAGAAGUAUAAGACUGAAUUAUCUACUAAACAAGCCCUUCUUGCAGAAUUAGAAGAGCAAAAAAUAGUUGAAGCCAGACUUAGACAGACCUUAAGUUUGUUUGAUGAGCUUGAAAAUGUUGCCAGGGAUCAUGGGACUAGUGAUUUUAGGGAGAGUUUGGUGUCCUUGGUCCAGAGUUCCAGAAAACUCCAGAAUAUUAGAGACAAUGUAGAAAAGGAAAGUAAAAGACUGAAAAUAUCUUAAUUUCCAUAUGGUAAAAAGAGUCUGUCAAGAUUUUCUUUGUUCACUCUUUCUUGGGUUCUGCAUCUUACUCUUUUUUUCCAUCCGUUCUCCUAACAUAUCUGUGUACUACCUUGAACUAGUCUUGGAAACAGCUGUUCAUUAGAGACUUCAAAUAGUUGGGAAGGAAUUCUUGAUAUAAUAAUGACUCAUUUGGCAGCAAGUUCAAAGAAGUGAAACUAUGGCCAAAGAUAUGAAGUUA